AUGGCUAUGAAAUUGAGUAGUGGAAUAGGAAACAAUCAAAAGAGAGCGAAUGGUUACAGCUCCUGGGACGGAUACAGUAAAUAUUUCAUCUUCAAUUCAACUCUCUCUCCAGAACUCUCUGAAGUUGGGUGGAGUAGAGGUUUAUAUCCCUUGAAGGCUGGUGUAUACCUCGCCAGCACGACAGCUGCGUUUCCAGGGUUUGCCUCCUCCUACCCCCUUCCCAGCGAUGAGCUCAACUGA